AUGUCUUCCGCCGAAUCGAAACUUCCGCGCGUUCCCAAAUUCCCUACGCACAAUGCUCCUCGUGUCUGGUUUCUUACUUGCGCAAAUAGUCCAAUCGGUAUAUCGCUGUGCAGACACUUACUGGCCCAUGGAGACUACGUGACAGCUGGAGUUCAGCCUGUGGAAUUUGAGAGGGAGGAAGAACGGAGCCGCGACUUCAAGGAGUUCUUAGAGGAGCUAAGUGCUCCUGCUUCAACGCGAGACGAUAGGGAGCUGUGGAAGAGCCGGCUACGAGUCGUCGCAUUGAACGUUAAGAUCAUGGGCCAGUGUCAGUCUGCUGUGGCUGAGGCCGUGAGAUGCUUUGGGAGAGUCGACAUUCUAUUUUGCUGCCACUCGGAAGUUGUUGUGGGAACCGUCGAAGAGCUGUCGCAAAGUCCCAGGACGCUGAGUCUGGUCAAGGACCAAUUCGAAACCAACUUCUUCGGGCCAGUCAAUGCCAUCAAAGCUACUCUACCAAUAUUUCGCCAGAAGAAAAAUGGCCAUAUCGUUCUGAUGACUGCUGUGACUGGACACUUGGGCACACCUGGACUCGGCAUGUACUGUGCCAGUCAAUGGGCAAUCGAAGGCUAUUGCGACAGUCUGGCAUAUGAAAUUGCUCCCUUCAACAUCAGGAUGACCAUAGUGCAGCCAAACAUGGAAGUCAAUGUCUUGACGCACCGAAUCACUUCUGCUCCUCCUAUGGCUUGCUAUGCAGACGACAGUAACCCGGCACCUCUGUCACGCAACAUUCUAUCGUCGCUCUUGGACCGGAUUGAUGGAACCGCCGAGCCUACCACUGGCGAUCAACUACAUUCAAGUGAAGUGACGAGUCUAUAUCCACCUCUGAGCAGAGGCAUGAAGGAGCGUCUAGUUGCAGAGACAGUGCAUGCCGUCGCAGCCAUCGGCGGACAUGACAAUCCUCCGGCUCGUCACAUCGUGGGUUUGGAAGGUGUCACGACAGUCAAAGAGAAGCUCAAGACAGUGAGCGAGGAGCUUGAAGAGUUCGUCGAAUGCAGCAGUGCGGCCGACAUUGAAAGGCACGAAGAGAUCCUCACACCCAGCCAAACCAUUGCAAUGCCAGGCUGA